AGCAAAUGAAAUACGAGCAGAUUAUUGUAAACAAGCAGUAAUAUAUGGGGAAGAAACCAUUCAAACUGUGAGCAAACCAAGAAAAGUAACAAUCAUAUUAAAUCCUGCUGCCAGAAAGGGGAAAGCUAAAAAGCUGUUUGAGAAGAAUGCUGCUCCUCUGUUGCAUCUAGCUGGUAUCAAUGUAGAAAUAAUUAAGACUGAAUUUGACGGCCAUGCUAAAGACUGUGCUGGAGCGUUGGAGUCCACCGACGCAUUGGUGGUUGCUGGUGGAAAUGGUACCGUAGGAGAGGUUAUAACCGGCCUGCUUAGACGAAGUGAUCAACAAUCAGUCAGCAAGAACUGGCCUAUAGGAUUCAUCCCUAUCGGUUUCACGAAUACAUUAGCAAAGUUUCUGUAUUUAGAUUCGGAAUCUGAAGUCAGGUGGAUGUGUAAUGCAGCAAUGGCAAUAAUUAAAGGCAUGACCACACCAGUGGAUGUGAUGUCCAUACAGGAUUCUGAAGAAAGGUCGGUGUAUGGAUUGUCCAAGUUGGAAUGGGGCGAAUACAGAAAUGUACGAGAUAGAAUUCCCAAGUAUUGGUACUUAGGACCACUAAAGUCCAAAUUUGCAUAUGUUUUUGCAACUGUUCAGGAAUGGCCACCUGUAUUUAAAGCUCAUCUUGCAUAUCGUCCACCUGUAGAUGUUCCUGAAGAACCAGAGGUUAAUCAACAGCAGUAUAGUUUCUUUAGUCGCUUGUUCUCUUGGAUUUGGAGAACAGAACAAAAAGAACCAGAAAUUGAAGAAGUUGAGGAGAUUCCUUGGAAACAGGUUGAUGUAUCAACGCUUGAGUUCUCUGCUGAAACACAUAAUGAUAAUGUAGAAAAUGCUUUAAAGACUACUAGAAGCAUGAGCAUAGAGACCCUGCCAACUGACAUCACAAAAACAGGCUUCAUCAAAGAAGGUUGGAGAAGAGUAUCUAAGGCAAAAGACAAUAAAUCUGAGAUCCAAAGUGAAACAUUGCAAGUUGGUGAGUUUAAGUUGACACCAGUGGAGCCAGAGGCCAGCUUCUUCAGCAUUGAUAAUGAACAGUUUGAUGCAUACCCGGUACAUGUUAAAAUUCUUCCAAAUAAAUUGAGGUUUUUCAUCAAUGAGGAAACAAAUCAGACAAGGUGACCAUGGAGAAAUGCAGAUAGUAAACAACAAAGAUUGACGUACUCUGGGUCAGCUGUGCUCACAAUGCUAAUGACAUGGACAGAACACCAACUCAUUACAUGUCUUGUUGAGGUUCCUUGUGGCAGUAUAUCAGACAGCAACAAUGCAACUCGAUUUGUUCUGUUAUUACUCUCAUAUCAAUUUAUUGCCUCCAAUAAUUCUAUUUCAGUUCAUUGGUAUCGAUUUAUUAAAUGACUGUGUGAAUAAAGAACAUUUAUUAUUUUAUAAUCAUUAAAAGGAUAUGAAAGAAGAUACAUUGUUGAAUUACUUAUUAUUGUCAAAAGUAAUUAAAAAUACUACAUUUUUAAGCAUAUUUUACUUUUAAAUUGUGCUCUAACUAAUGUGUACAAUUAAAUGGAAUGUAUUACAGUACCUCAACAAUAUCUAUGAUAGUUUGUCUGGAAUGUAUACAAAUAAUGUUGGAUAAUACUUGACAGCAUUUUAAAUAAGAAUGCUUGCUCCAAAGCUAGCGAAUGUCUAUGGUUCAACCUUAGGCUGUUGAACCAUAGACAAACUCUGCGCCACCACUACUUUCUGAUAAACCAAAACCUCAAACCAUCAAAAUGUGGAAGAAAUUAGACAUUUACCUGCUACAACCAUUCUGCCAGAAAUAGCGAACCUUGACACCACCUGGACCGUAGGCUUUCCAAGUAAAACCCCCUUAAGGCAAGACUUUUUUUAUACCUUGUUUCGUGAACAUACU